GCCUCAAAGCAGACGCCGCCGUUUCUAGGGCGUUCGUUGGUGUUGCCACCCCUCCUCCUCCCCUGGCAGAUUCAAACUGGAUGGAACCAACCACAUGUCGGCAGCGGGAGAGGGAAGGUGUCAUCUCGCACAAAACCGAGAGAAGGCGCAAAUGAGAAACACCCGUCGUCUAUUCUCAAAGGAAAGCUGUAUUUUUUCACUUUCAGGAUCAAACAGAAAUAUUGAUGAAUGCGUUGAUGGGACUGACAACUGCCACAUCGAUGCCAUCUGCCAAAACACUCCGAAAUCAUACAAAUGCAUCUGCAAAUCUGGCUACACGGGGGAUGGGAAGCACUGCAAAGAUGUUGAUGAAUGUGAGCGUGAUGACAAUGCUGGCUGUGUCCACGAAUGUGUCAACAUCCCAGGGAAUUAUCGAUGUACCUGCUACGAUGGCUUCCGCUUGGCACAUGAUGGCCAUAACUGCCUUGAUGUGGAUGAGUGCGCAGAGGGGAAUGGUGGCUGCCAGCAGACUUGUGUCAACAUGAUGGGGAGCUACGAAUGCCACUGCCGUGAUGGCUUUUUUCUGAGUGAUAACCAGCACACCUGCAUCCAGCGUCCAGAAGAAGGAAUGAAUUGCAUGAACAAAAAUCAUGGUUGUGCCCACAUCUGCCGGGAGACCCCAAAGGGUAGCAUUGCCUGUGAAUGCCGACCUGGCUUUGAGCUCACCAAGAAUCAACGAGACUGCAAGUUAACCUGCAACUAUGGCAAUGGAGGAUGCCAGCACACUUGCGAUGAUACAGAUCAAGGGCCAAAGUGUGGUUGCCAUGUGAAGUUUGUGCUGCACUCUGAUGGGAAGACAUGCAUAGGGGAGAGGCACCUCCAGCAGCACGUUACCCCCCAGACGUUUUCUAAUGAGACUUGUGCUGUCAACAAUGGAGGCUGUGACAGCAAGUGCCAUGAUGCAGCCACUGGGGUGCAUUGCAGCUGCCCAAUGGGAUUCAUGCUUCAGCCUGACAGAAAAACAUGCAAAGAUAUUGAUGAAUGUAGGUUGAAUAAUGGUGGCUGUGACCACAUCUGCAGGAACACUGUGGGCAGUUUUGAAUGCAGUUGUAAGAAAGGAUAUAAGCUGCUGAUCAAUGAAAGGACGUGUCAAGAUAUUGAUGAAUGCUCCUUUGACAGAACCUGUGACCACAUCUGUGUAAACACACCAGGGAGCUUCCAGUGCCUGUGUCACAAAGGCUACACACUGUAUGGACUCACCCACUGUGGAGAUGUAGAUGAAUGUAGCAUCAACCGAGGAGGCUGCAAGUUUGGCUGCAUAAACACCCCUGGAAGCUAUGAGUGUACCUGUCCUGCUGGGUGCAAACUUCAUUGGAACAAAAAGGAUUGUAUAGAGCUGGUGAUAUGUUUGGCUGGCACAAUAUCUUCACGAGCCACACUUGCCUGCAACAAGAAUGGCAAGAAGGACAGCUGCUCUCUCACCUGUUCCUCUAAGGCUCGCUUUCUGCCAGAGUCUGACAAUAGCUACACAGUGAGCUGUGGGACCCCAAUCCUGCGGCAGGGACCUCCACAAAAGUCCAGCAAUGUCAGCAAUUCCUGUGUUGAGACUGUCACUGCUCCAAUCAAACAGAAGGCUUCUUUCAAAAUCAAGGAUGCUAAAUGCUACCUGCACCCACGCAUGAAAGGCAAGCAGGAUGAGGCGAGCAGGAAUGGUGCACUAGGUGGGCCAGCCCCUUGCUCAGAUUGCCAGGUGACAUUUGUGAACUUAAAGUGUGACUCAUCAAAGAAGGGCAAAGGACGCCGGGCCCGCAACUCUCCCAACAAGGAGGUGACUCGCAUCACACUUGAGUUUGAAGCUGAAAUCAAACCCGAAGAGAUCACAGCCAGCUGCAAUAUGAACUGUGUGCGGCAGAAGGUGGAGAAAAAACUGAAGUCGGCAAUCAAAACACUGAAGAAAUCCAUAAACCAGGAGCGAUUCCUGAUCCGCUUUUCAGGGAUGGAGUAUGAAGUGGCACGGAAGCUGAGCAUGACUCCUGAGAGGCAGGAGAGCUGUGGGCCAGGACAGCAGAGAUUGGGAUCUAAGUGUGUUAGCUGCCUGCAAGGAACAUACUACCAUGGUCAGAUGGAGCAGUGUGUCCCUUGCCCUCCAGGGACCUACCAGGAGAAAGAAGGCCAGCUCUCCUGUGACCUUUGCCCUGGAAGUGAUGCUUAUGGGCCAGCUGGAGCAACAAAUAUAAGCACCUGUGCAGGUCAGUGUCCUCCUGGUCAGUACUCUGUAGAUGGUUUCAAACCCUGCCAACCAUGUCCACGCGGCACCUACCAACCUGAAGCAGGCCGAGCUUUGUGUUUCCACUGUGGUGGGGGACUGAACACCAAGCACGAUGGAGCUUUUUCCUUCCAGGACUGCGAUACCAAAGUUCAAUGUUCCCCAGGCCAUUAUUAUAACACCAGCGUCCAUCGUUGCAUCCGCUGCGCUGUAGGCACUUAUCAGCCUGACUUCCGCCAGAACUAUUGCAUCACAUGCCCUGGGAAUACCACCACAGACUUUGACGGCUCGACCUCUGUGUCACAGUGCAAAAACCGUCAAUGUGGAGGGGAGUUGGGCGAGUACACCGGUUAUAUUGAGUCUCCCAACUACCCUGGAAACUACCCUUCAAAUGUAGAGUGUACUUGGAAUAUCAACCCACCACCAAAGCGCAAGAUUCUCAUUGUGGUGCCUGAAAUCUUCCUGCCAUCUGAGGAUGAAUGUGGGGAUGUCCUAGUCAUGCGGAAAAACUCCUCUCCUUCCUCCAUCACAACCUAUGAGACAUGCCAGACUUAUGAGAGGCCCAUUGCCUUCACUGCAAGGUCCCGAAAGCUGUGGAUCAACUUUAAAACUAGUGAAGCCAACAGUGCCAGAGGCUUCCAGAUCCCCUAUGUCACCUAUGAUGAGGAUUAUGAACAGCUGGUGGAGGACAUUGUACGGGAUGGCAGGCUAUAUGCAUCCGAAAACCAUCAGGAAAUACUGAAGGACAAGAAGCUGAUCAAAGCCUUCUUUGACGUGCUGGCACACCCGCAAAACUACUUCAAAUACACAGAGAAGCACAAGGAAAUGCUGCCACGUUCUUUUAUCAAACUUCUCCGCUCCAAAGUUUCCAGCUUUCUCAGGCCUUAUAAAUAGCCUCAUGACACUUUCACUAGCCUUCAAGGCUCCUUGACAGCCAAGAAAACUUUUUCUUACACUUAAUUCUUAUUUUCCAAUGACUUUUUCUACAAAUACAACCCCUAAUUCUCUCACUAUGCAGAUGACACUAACCAUUGGUCUUUCCUUGGCUUUUCUCCAAACCAAAUUAACUGAUGACACUGUCCAUGGAAGGAGCAGCUGGCAGCCAUUCCCUGAGCUUUCCAUAUUGGAAUCUCAGCUAUGGAGACCACAUAUCCCAGUAACUCUUCACAAGUGGCCUCUACUGGGACCUGUCACUCUAGGACAGUUUCCGCCUUCUCCCAUAUAUGCAAAUUAUGCGCAGCCCCUUUUGCUACAAGGCAGUUGCCAAAGUGGCCAUUUGUACCUCCCUCUGCAUGAUUGUCUUCUUCUAGAAAGAAACACCCUGGCUACUACCAUAUCAUGCCUCCGCUUCUGGGUCACAGAUGAAAUGGGGAGACUUUGACCGGCUUCUAAGCACUGGAAUUGGUCUAGCUGAACUCUUUGGUAAAGAACUGGGGACAAAGGACAUCCAGAGUGCAGAAGGUUAUUCCUUAUUUAUCAGACUGUUGUCUUUUUAAAGAAAACAAAAUAAAUUAAGCACGGUCUUGCAGAGAGGAUCAGACAGGACAAAACAAAAUGUAGGAAGAUCAUAUAAAAGAAAGAGACAUAUCACAGAAGUGUGAAAGAAAAUAGCCCAUGUUCGUGAUGGCAGGUUUGGUGAAGAAGAGUAUCAUCAUUUCAUGAUGGAGUCUGACUUUUUGUCAAAGAAAACAUGGCCUAGCCACAAUCUCAUAAGGAAUGAUGUCUGGGAAAAGGGGAGGAAAAUGUGGUGAAAAGUAAGACUUUCCGAUGUGAUUUCUCCCCCAUGGACACUUAUGCUGAGAGAUCAGACUUCUUAUAAGCUCUGCCAAAGAGUAACUCAAUGACAAAAAGCAAGCAGUGUGAAGGGCAGGAGUGAGUGAAUGUUUGUGCACUAGGACGUUCUCCUUUCUACCUUUUUCAUAUUAUUAAGUGCAAUCAUUUUUGAGUUGUCUUUAUAUUAUUUAGAGGGAAGGUUUUUUUCUCCUAGAAACUACAAUAUUUAUACCUGCCUGAGAAAAGAGAAUGUGUGUGUGUAUGUGUGUGUGUGUGUGUGCAUGCGCGCACAUGUGUUAAAAUGAAAUGGAAAUGAAUUCAAACAAGGGUUUGGGGAAAUUAUGACUAAAUACGACUAUGUUUUCAGCUCUUGGAAUCUUGUUUUUCCUUACCACAGUAAAUUCCAGUUUAAAUCCAGAAGAUCAAGCUCAUUCAUUAUCCUGUAACCAGUGAAGGUACACAGGGCAUGCACAGAACAUUUCCAGAGGUUUGGAAAUUGUUUUAGCCACAAGCAACUCUUGAUCCAAUAUUGCCAAAGGCAUAUUAGAAUCACAUAUUGAAAUCCAUCCCCAUGUUAAAUUCUCCCAGGACGUGCAGAGUAUAGACUAACCGUCACUCAUUCUGACAAGUUAGCUUUGUACAGGCAGGGAGGUUUUGAUAUGUUCAAACCUAUGAUUCACCAUUUAGAUAUUGAGGUGGUAUAGUUCCCCUUCUGAAUGGUUCAGUUGGCUCUGGUUUCUGAAAUAAGAGGUGCUGGGGCUCAGGUUUUCUGGGAAGUUACAUCCUCCACUUGAAGGCUUUUCCCCCUAAACCCAGAGCUGUAGCCAUGGAUUCUCAGUGAGAAGGGAAAUGCUCUCUGCACCUAGUCAAAGGCACUCUAGUCUUCCCAUGUUCAAAGCUGAGCUCAGCAAUAAACACAGGUUUUAGGGUGAGCUCUGGUGAGCCCUGGCUGAUAUUGAACGGACCAGUGUGUCAUCUUUGUCAAUGUAAAAUUUCCCUCGCCAGUCACUGAUCCAUAAUCCAGUGCAAAUACUAGUGAUGAAAUCCCAACUUCUGUUGGAGUAAUUGUUGCCUCCUCUGAGCCAUGACCUGAAACUUACAAUUGGAAAUGUAUCUAAAAGCCUGCACUUGGAUCAGAUCAUCUCCCAUUUCCUUUAGUGGUACGCAAGCUUUUCUGACUGGGUGUUAAUAUUUUGCUUUUCCUCCCUUUGUUGUUCAGAAUCAAGAGUUUGCUCCAUUCAAUUCAAUGGAAUUAUCUUAGCAUUGAAGUAGAAUUCCCUCUGAUGUAAACAUUUUUGCAGUACUUCACCAGGACAAAUAUUAUAGUGACAGAUAAGAAGUGAUAUCCAGCUCUGAUGUCAUCCUAUUCAACUAUUUCAUGUUGCAUAUAAGCAUUUGUUUAUAUUGAGGGGAGGGGGACAUAUGCAAGUCUAUUGUUUACUAUGGAUGAAGGUAGAAGAGGCCAAACCAGAAACUAGGGCCAGCUGUGAAGGCAAAAUUUGUGUUGAAUUCAGCUUAGAAAUUCUACCUGAUUUCCUUCUAGCUAGCUCCCUUGUUUCCAUUCUGUCAUCAAAAUGUAGAAAAUCUAAAGGUUUGAAAAGCUGAAAAUUCCAUCUCAACAUAAGAAAUAUAACAAUUUUAAACAACAAAAGUAAAAUAUUUAUAAUUGCAUUGUGCAGUAUGCCACAGUCCAGUAUCUCCUAUAAUGUAAUGAUUAAAUGAUGAAAAAGGUGUAGUCCAUAAAGUUAUUUGCACUUGAUAAAAAAUGUAUCUGAGCUUGUAAAAACAAA